GCUCAUGUGCUUUCCACCACGCUCCUAUAUGUUCUCCAAUUAAUAUAAAUGCAUUAUUUCUUUCAUUCGUUGUUUCAUCUAAUGCAAACGUAAUCUUAUUUUCAGAGGAAAACAAAACUUUUAAAAUACGAACACCUCCCCCAAAUGACUAGGAUUGCUAAACAAGUGAUUUUGAGAUUAUGUAGCCUACAGCAAAAAAUAUACAGAAUUGAAUGAAGACCGAAGUUGUUUAUAUAAAUGACUUAAAUAAAGAGGGAGAAAUAAUUCAACACUGUAUGUGUUAAUGAAACACUAGGGGCUUUUUCUAUGUGUAUUGAAAAUCGUUCGACUUAUAAAUUUAAAGGGGGGUGGGGCAUUAAAAUUGGAAGAGUAAUAUGGUUCAUUUAAUAAUAACAAUAAGAAUAAUAAUUAUAAUAUGAACGAUUGUUUGCUUCUGUUUAUUGUAACUUAUAAUUACGUUCUGCUAUUAUCAUUAUUAUUAUUAUUAUUAUUAUUACUACUACUACUACUACUACUACUAUUAGUGAUUUAACUUGAUGACAUCCAAUUAAAAAGAUGAACAGCUUAGUAAUUGUUAGGAUAUUUACAUUUCCUGAAAACCAAACACAUGCCAUAGCCUACCACUUUAAAGUUGUACAGUUUUUCUAUUUCUAGUUUUCUUGUGCUUUUUUUUCCGAGGUCAUAAUAACAACUUUAUUUUCAGCUGUGCAUAAAUUAAUUACACGCAUUUAAUAACCAAAAUAUCAUUAUAUUCCCCUCCUUUAAUAUCGUAAACGCUUUACGCCAGGGAAGCGCUUCAUCGUGCACGGGGGCCGUAACGGGCUAUUAUCCUUGGGUAAUGCUAUUAGAGAACCAAUUAUGCGCCAUUACACUUCCUCUUUUUGCCGUUUAUGUGAUUUCGUCCAAUCCCGUCCUCGACUGCAAAAUUUCAGCUGCUACUCGGAGCCUCAUUUUCCACAUGCGGAGGAUCGGCCUCUGUCCCGCGCGCGUCUUAAAAGUAAUUGAAAGGGUCCCGGUGCACGUCAUUUACGCGCACGAGGCAAAUCAAUCCUCGGACCCCUUGCUGUGAACAAAAUCAAACUGCGGACGUCCGGGCGCUCGACGAGCGCAUCACCGCGCAAAGCGGACCCCUUAACCCAUAUAACGAGCAAUUAUUGCACUGACAGCCAAUUUAAAAUCCAAAAAACAGUCAUCUGGAUUUUUUAAUAUAAAAAGCAACUGUGUGCAAAAACUGCACUGAGUGCGCGAGAGUUUAUGAUGUGGGAAUAACAAGGCGCAACGCCGGGCGACGGGUGAAGUGGGCUGGAGGCGCGCGCGCUGCAACUGGGAGACGCUGCAGAGAAUGAUGUGACGUUCAGCACCACGUGACCGUGUCAUUGGGCGCGCGUGCUGGUGCCCCGUCCCAAACCAGUCAGCGCAGAAGUCAUAGCAAGACAUAAUCAGGUUAAGUCCGAUUACGCGUGAGAUUAUAAAGGCGAGCUGGGGAACGCAUACACAUUCCGCCGACUGCUGUACAGUAAAGACACGUGGCCACUUCAUCCUGAUGUCCAAUAGCGAGCCGGACGAGAGCAGGGACACGAGUGAGUAGUUCAGAGUGUGUGUGUGUGAGAGAGAGAGAGAGAGAGAGGAAGUGAACAGGAGGAACUCGUAUUCUCUCAGACUCUUCUUCACGGUUCCGAUCGCACCACAACUCCUACUGCAGCACUUGGAAUAUUCCGUGGCUGGAUUUCUUCGAGCUCAGUAGUGAAGCAGGAUGUUUUACUUCCACUGUCCCCCACAGUUGGAUGGGGAGUGCUGCAGAACUAAUACCUUGAAUUCAAACGGCUUUGGGAGCCAUGCCUCUGGAGACUUCGAUGACGGUUUUCUCAGGAGGAAACAACGCAGAAACAGAACAACCUUCACUUUACAACAGUUAGAAGCGCUGGAAGCCGUGUUUGCCCAAACUCACUAUCCGGACGUGUUCACAAGAGAAGAACUGGCUAUGAAGAUUAAUCUGACAGAGGCCCGUGUCCAGGUGUGGUUUCAGAACCGAAGAGCAAAGUGGAGAAAAACAGAGAGAGGCAGCUCGGACCAGGAAGGCACAAAGGAGCAAAUGAGUGAAGGAACUCCUUCUGCCAGAAACCUCAACCAGUCCCCUGUGGAUCAAAGCAGAAAUAAAAAAGAACCUCUGGAAGCACAACAGAAUGUUAACAGAGCUGUUGGUCCUGGAGGGCCCUUUUUCCCAUCCUGUUUGCCUGGGACUCUUCUCAACACUGCGACUUAUGCCCAAGCUUUGUCACAAGUGGCAACUUUGAAAGCAGGAAGCCCCCUGUGCUCUUGUUGCGUUCCUGACCCUAUGGGCCUCUCCUUCCUACCUCCUUAUGGGUGCCAGAGUAACCGGACAGCCAGCGUGGCAGCUCUGCGCAUGAAGGCCAGGGAACACUCUGAGGCUCUGCUGCAGUCAGCCAACCUACUUGGGGGAGUACCAGGGCCAGGGGCCAGAGUUUCUGUUGGUCUCACUCAAACCACCAAUGCAGUAGGAGGGGAAGAGUCCAGUCCUGCCUCUGGUUCCUCAAAGCUACCAACCCAGGGAACUACCCCUGAAAAGCAGCUGCACUGCCCAAAGGAGAACCCGGAUAAGAAAUAAGGGAGUCAUUUUUGCCAUCACAGCACGUCUCCCCCUCCUGGACAUAAGGAAUUACAAUCUCAUAAUGAAUGCCUGCUACCCCUUUCCUCCCAUGCAGUCAAAACAACAGGGCAAGGUGUUCCGUGUUGUAUACUAUUGUAUUAUAAUUUGAGUGUGGGUGCAUCAAACUAUUUAUUCAAUUGUUGUUUAUCUAUCAUUGUUACAUUUUGCUAAUUAUUAUGAAUGAUAUAUUGUCUAUAUACCUUUGGCACUGUAAAUGGUUUUAAUGGUUGAGAGACUGUUUGUGGGAUGAAUUUACCCUGGCUGCCAAUGUGAAUUCAUAUAUUUUUCCAGCCCCUUUGAUGUAAGACUUAUAUUGCCUUGUAUACUGUGAAGUCAGGUGAUAUAAGGAGCUGCAUUGUGUGAAGGACAAUUUUUUUCUAAAAUGUAAAAUAAUGAUAAUAAUAAUUAUAUAAAUAUAUAUAUAUAAAUACACCAUGCGCUAAUAUAAAUGACCUAAUGUGAAAUAAUAUGCAAGUGUAUAUCUAUUGUGUUUUCUUAAUCUGGUAAAAAGCAAUUUUGCCUCACUGGUCAUGCAAUGUGACACUGUUGUUGUCAUCACAUCUGCAAGGCAAUGACAGACUGUGAGUGUUCUCACUCUGGUCCUGUUUUGACAUGCUCUGUAAAACAAUUAAACAUGUAGACAUUCAUGUACGUCUUCUGUUGCCUAUUGCACACCAUCUGGCUGUGAUCAAUUAUUAAUUGACUUCCUUGUAUACAAAAGGUAGAGCUGAAAAAACGGAAGCAAGGGUUGGACUUAUUAUUUAUUUAGUUUACGCUAAACCACUGGCUCUUUUGCAUUUGAUGCACGAGUGGAUGCUUAUUAGGAUGGUGUAAUGUACAGGCUUUACUGUUCAUGAGGUGCCUUUCAUGCUGAGUCCAUAAGGAUACUUUUGGUUGAAGCUGGUUAUACAUACAGAUAUUUUAAUAAGCUAUUUCUGACACUAAGCAUAUACACUACAGGCCAAAGCUAGCAAGCAAGUGAUCUUUAAAAAAAACAAAACAAACUUUUAUC